AUGAAGUCACUGCGGUUCCUCGCUGCUGAGGGUUUCAUCCAAAGUGGCCCAAGUGCUGUGAAGAACCUCAGCUGUGUGUCCUUUAACCUGUACCCUAUCCUGUUCAAAGUCUGCUACCUGCACGAGCAGCCCGCCCUGCUCCAUGCCCUAGUCCAGACAUGGCCUCUACCUGAGCUCAACCUGCAAAGGCUUCUGGGAAGGACAGCUGACUGCCAGAUGGAUCUCACCUCCUGCACCUGCCAACUUUGUCUGAAGGCUAUUCUGACUGGCUUAAAGGAUUAUGUGCUGCAUCCACCAACCACCUAUGCUAAGAUCCUCCGUGUGGUGGACUUGACUGCCCUGAGAGACACCGAGCACCAGACCUGCCCAUGCCAAGUCACCCUGGGUCGAUGGGCAAGAACCCAAUUCCUGACGCAAAUGUGCUAUGACACCAUGGUGGCCAUGCAAGCUGGUGAUGUGACUCCAUCUGCCUUCAAGACAUCUGUUGAUGUCCGUCUGAAUGGCUUUGUUACAGGCCGCAACUAUGAGAAGGUGGCUCAGGCCCUCCUCCUUCGCUGCCACUGUCCACUGAAAAUUCGUUUUAUUGCCUUUCGGGCAGAUUCCCUCGCUCUCAAACAGCUGUUCUAUGUUCUCCGACUGGCAGAGCCUGAGUGCAUCUCAAAGCUGGAGGUGGUCCACAAUGUUCACCUGGAGGCCCCGCAUCUGGAGGUGCUGCUGUCCAGGGUGGACUUCCCAAAACUGCAGUGCUUGACCCUGCCUGCUGGGGCGCUGGAUGUCCGGAGGCUGGGCUCUGAUGAGGAUGACCUCCUGGCUACCAUUGGUGAGCUGCUGGCACGUCUUACCAGGCUCACUGAGCUCAACAUGGGUUUCUCCACCCUCACUGGACACCUACGCAGGCUGCUGAGUCCUCUGGACACUCCCCUGCAGUGCCUGGAGGUGGCCAACUGCAGCCUGAACCACGUUGACAUGGCGUACUUGGCCAACAGCCUCCACAGCGAGGCCUUGGUCCGCCUGGACAUCAGCGGGCACAACAUCAUAGGCUCUUUCUCCACCACUUUCAACAGAUUGCUGAGUCGUUGCUCAAACUCACUGCGCAGCCUGGCCCUUGAAGAGUGUGGCAUAGAGGACGAGCACAUGCAUGUGUUCCUUCAUGCUCUGGCUCGCUGUCAGGCUCUCGAGGAGCUCAAACUCUUGGGAAACCCACUGAGCUCUGCAGCUCUGCGUCGCCUUUUCUCCUUGCUAACUAGGGGCUUUCCCAAGUUAAAGUACAUAGAGAUGCCUGUUCCCCGUGACUGCUACUCCGAGGAUGUCACGUAUCCCAUCGACGAUUCGGUCCUGAUGCUGUACAACACGCAGUUGUUUCAGGAGCUCCGAGGCGAGCUGAUGGGCAUCCUGGCAGGGGCUGGUAGGGGGAACGUGGAGGUGUGCACACCACUGAUGGGGGCCUAUGAUCCAGACAUUAAUGAAACAAGCAAUGAGCUUGGGGUGUCUAUGCUGAAAUCCUUUAACAGCGUCAUUGGGAACUUUAUAGACACCAUAAAUGAUGUGGACACCAGGAGAACCCAGAGCCAGAAAAACUAACGCAUGUACAAAGAAAAGGGUGAAUGGUAAAGGUUAUGUUCUUCAUUGUAUUUUCAUCCCUGUGAGCAUAUAUAUCGACAUUUGUGUAGAAAA